CUUUCCCAUGUCCCUAUAUGAUACUAGACUUCUCCUCCUGACCAACUGUCACUCCUCUACUCAUCCAUUUCAGUCAUUCUAAGAGGUAGGAGGACCAUAAAUAUUAAUUACUGUCUGUCUUUACGGAGUACCAACGAGUCUCACUGUCGCUGCCUCGAUCGGUUCUUUCAUGGUUCCGUUUCUGCUGACUGGCAGUCACUUCGACUUGAAACCAUGAUCCUCGGGCCUGUGAACGGACUAGACUGCCUGGCCUUUGUCGUCUUUCUAAUUCCUCAGCUGCUGUUCCAGGUGGCUUUCACUGAACUUCUUAUCGUGAUAGUAAAAGUCAUCCCUUUCUUAGUCCUGCAAUUACCAUACCAAUUAAUUUGGGAAAGAUAUCUCAUCAAACAGCGUGAGCAGCCUCCUUUUACGCAGCAUGCCAGCCUUUUCCAGGAUGUAGUCAUUCGCUGCGUACGAUAUGCCUUCGCCCGUAUUCCUGCCAGUGUCGGUAGAGUCUUUUUCUCCAAGUGGGUGGCCUAUCCGUUCUUCCGCUUUCGUCUAUUACGACAUGGCUAUCUUCAUUGUCCAAUGUUCUAUCGAGAGGUCGUUAGAUACGGAGCUCGAGGCCUUUGGAUUGUCGAAAACCCAGACAUUGAGCCGGACAUCAUCGUUUAUUAUGUUCAUGGUGGCGGAUUCAGCAUGGGGUCGGCCUACUUUUACAUGGAGUUCUUGAUGGCCUGGACAACUCGAUUGAGAGAGAGUGGGUUCAAAAACCCUGGUGUAUUUGCACUCGAAUACACCCUCGUGCCAGAUGCUCAAUGGCCAACUCAGUUCAACGAAACCCGCGCUGGGUAUAAAUUCCUACGAGAGACAUUCGGGAACGGCUCUGCUGCGAAGAUCUGCGUGAGUGGUGACUCCGCGGGAGCCACACUGGUCUUGAGCAUGUUGUUGCAGCCCGGACAUCUGGAACAGGACCCUCAAUUCCUGUCCCUACACCGACCAGGGAUAGCCAUUUUGCUUUCGCCUUGGACACACUUGAUUUCCGACUUGAACCAGAACACCAAGAGUGAUUAUUUAGACAGGAACAGUCUGCACCUUUACGCCAAACAGUAUGCUGGGCAAGCGGCGAAGUCGGACAGCGUAAUCGCUCCAGGCUUGAAUACCGGCCGAUGGAGACAAGCAUCGCCACUCAAUGGGUAUCGCAUCGUAUACGGUGCAGAAGAAGUCUUUGGACCGGGAAUUCAGGACAUGGUUCACCACAUGAAAAACAAUGGAGCCGUUGUAAAAGCUUCGGAGCUUGAGGCGGGAAUUCAUGCAUGGCCAGUUGUGAAUCUGUUUCUUGGUGAGAGUCGGGAGGAACGGCUGCAAGGCUUGGAUAUCAUGACUGAGUUCAUCAUGUCAUCGAGUUUAGCAUCGAGUUCAGAAAGAUUGAAGAGUUAGGGGAUUACAGCCAUCAGAUUAGAUCAAGUUUUUCAAAUUGCUUUCAUCGACGAUCAUUCCGGGUGCUCACUGACGACCACAGUGAUUGUAGUACUGAGUUGUCAUGUUUGCAAUAAUGUUCUGGAAUGAUAAUCUCCAAC